AUGGGAUGGGAGUUCCCGUGGUGGAAAAAAGCAAUGAAAUACUCGAUCUGCCUGACAUAUCUCCACAACUUUCUUCCAGUCGACUUGGAAAUUGUUAGUUGGGAACCAGCUCUUGUGAUCUACCGUAACCUUCUGACACCACGUCAGACGUCCGAUUUCAUGAAUCUUAUUGAGAAACGCGAUCUGAUUGCUCAGAAGACUUCAGACUAUGGUAAUCAGAAAGAAACGACUCAUCGAAGAGCAAAUGGAAGUUUCAUUGAACAUGGAGAGGCUGAAAUUACAGCAGAAGUUCACAAUAAAGUAAAGAAAAGGAUUCCCGCGUUGAAUUUCACCAGUGCAGAACUAUUUUCGGCUCUAUCAUAUCUUCCGGGCGGUCACUAUUCAGUUCACUACGAUUAUUUGUCGUAUCGAAGUGAAAAAGAACAUGAUUGGUGGAUGAAAAAUAUGAGAAAUCGAAUUGGAACUCUCAUUUUUGUGCUGAAAACUGCAGAGAAGGGAGGAGGUACCGUAUUUCCAAGCAUCGGCACCACAAUCCGCAUCAACCCAGGAGAUGCAUUCUUUUGGUUUAAUACUCAAGCUGAUGAGUCACAGGAAAUGAGAGUGAAUCAUGGUGGUUGUCCUAUUUAUGAGGGUCGGAAAGUGAUCACAACUCUCUGGGUGCGAGCAAAGAAUCAACCGAUUCUUCCGAUGGCUUCAACUGGUUCAUCUAUCCAUGCUUCAUGGCUGAUUCCUUCUUUUUCGAAUACAUUCCGACCUGAGAUGAAAACUGAAUGUCCUCUUCAGUGA